AACACAAAUCAACAUUGCAGGGGAACAAAAGAGCUGCUCUUGUUUCCAAGGGAACGUUUUCCUUGGAGGUCCCCACUUUAAGUACGAGGAAGUGUUCAACAUGUAGGUAGCGCACCAUGAGAGGUCUGACAUUCUUUGGAGGAUAAAAACAGCAAGAUUUCACCAUGGAGGGAACUUCCAAAAGUGAUGCUGCGGGUCAGCCCUCUGUUGCUGCACAGGUUCCUUUCCUUCACCUGUGUACCACAUUAGAGAAAAUCCAGAAGUCUAAACUCCGUCCAGAUAAAUCCAAGAUCCUUGGGGAUUUCAUUGAGUCAUGGAGGAAGUUUCAUUCUGCCCUCCACAAAGACAACCCCAAAACAACAGACUCCUUCUACCCAGCUAUUCGUCUCAUAGUUCCCCCCUUUGAACGAGAGCGUAUGGCGUAUGGCAUCAAAGAGAGCAUGUUAGCUAAACUCUACAUCGAUGUAUUAGGCCUUCCAAAGAAUGGCCCAGAAGCCAAUAAACUGUUGAACUACCGUGCUCCGACUACAACCCAAGGAGAAGCUGGAGACUUUGCUGGCAUGGCUUACUUUGUGCUGAAGAAACGGUGCACCAGCCAAGGAAACCUCAGCAUCAAAGAAGUUAAUGACUUCCUGGACUCGGUGGCCAUCAACAACGCUAGCAAACAGAAGGAUCUUGUGAAAAAGAGUCUGCUGCAUCUCAUCACCCAGAGCUCGGCUCUCGAGCAAAAAUGGCUCAUCAGAAUGAUUCUGAAGGACAUGAAGCUCGGGAUCAGCAAAGAAACUGUUCUCCAAGUCUUCCACCCGGAUGCUGCUGAGCUUUACAAUGUCAACACGGACUUAAACAAGGUGUGCCAGCAGCUCCACAACCCCUCCAUUUCUUUAAGCGAAGUCUCUAUCGGACUGUUCUCUGCUUUCAAGCCUAUGUUGGCAGCUGUGGCGAACAUCCGCAAUGUGGAGAAACAGAUGGGAAACAGCCCAUUUUACAUUGAGACCAAGCUGGAUGGGGAGCGUAUACAAUUGCACAAAGAUGGAGACGUGUACAAGUACUUUAGCCGAAAUGCCUUUGAAUACACCCAGCAGUUUGGAGGAUCCCCACUGGAGGGCUCACUGACACCUUACAUCCACAAUGUUUUUAAAAGCCAUGUUGUAAACUGUAUCCUUGACGGUGAGAUGAUGGCGUACAACCCGACCACAGAGACCUUCAUGCAGAAAGGGAGCAAAUUUGACAUCAAGAAACUCGUGGACGACUCUGAGUUACAGACGUGCUUCUGCGUGUUUGACGUGUUGUUAGUCAAUGAUCAGAAGCUUGGCAAGGAAACACUGAAGAAGCGCCACGAGAUCCUUCAGACAGUUUUCACCUCAGUCAAGGGAAGGAUGCACCUGGUGCCAAAGGCCGAUGGCAGAACCAUGGCGGAGGUGGUGAAUGCCCUCAAUGACGCCAUUGACAACAGAGAAGAGGGGAUCAUGGUGAAGGAUCCUUUAUCCAUCUACAAACCUGACAAGCGGGGGGAGGGAUGGCUGAAAAUAAAGCCAGAAUAUAUGGAUGGCUUGAUGGAUGAGCUUGACCUACUGAUUGUUGGUGGUUACUGGGGGAAAGGGAGACGGGGUGGUAUGAUGUCCCAUUUCUUAUGUGCUGUUGCCGAAGCUCCAAAGCCUGGCGAGAAACCCUCUGUUUUCCACACUCUCUGCCGCAUUGGCUCUGGCUACACCAUGAAGGAGUUGCAUGACCUUGGUUUAAAACUAGCCAAACACUGGAAAGUCUAUCGGAAAAAUGAUCCACCAGCAUCCAUCUUGUGUGGAACAGAGAAACCAGAAGUUUACAUCGAACCCUGCAACUCAGUCAUCAUCCAAGUCAAGGCGGCUGAAAUAGUUGGAAGCGACAUGUAUAAAACCAACUGCACCCUGCGCUUCCCCAGGAUCGAGAAGAUCCGUGACGACAAGGAGUGGCACCAGUGUAUGACUCUGGCAGAGCUGGAUCAGUUCCGCAGCAAGGCGUCUGGGAAACUCGCCUCGCGGCACCUUCACAUCGAUGAUGCCGAACCACAAAAGAAGAAGCGCAAGCUGGCAGCCAAACCCAAGAAGGUGGUCGGGAUCAUCGACCACUUUAAGCCCCAGGACCUCUCCGGGGUUACCAAGGAGACAGAUAUGUUCGAGGAUGUGGAGUUCUGUAUUCUGAAUGGCACAGAGGAUCACUCCAAGGCCGAGCUGGAAAAGGGCGUGGCCAGGUGUGGAGGUAUUGUGGUUCAAAACCCAGGACGGGACACCUACUGCGUGAUUGCUGGCGUGGAGAACAUGCGCGUGAAGAAUCUGAUUUCGUCCGACCAGCAUGACGUGGUGUGGGCUGCCUGGCUGCUGGAGUGCCUGGACCAGAAGGAAGUGGUCCCAUGGCAACCAUGUCACAUGAUCCACAUGUCGCCCUCCACCAGGGAGCACUUUGCUAAGGAGUACGACAGCUAUGGCGACAGUUACUUUGUUGAGACAGAUGAGCAGCAGCUGCGGGAGGUGUUUGGCCGGAUCGGCAGCACGGACGCGUCUGCGGCCGUGAACGUCGGCCAGGUGGAGCAGCGUUACGGCUGGGAGGACCUUCCCACAAGCAUGUUCAGACCCUUCAAGGUUUACAUGGACAGCUACGCUGACAUAGGAGACCCUAAAACCGCCAUACCUGCCACCUGUUUGGACGUCAGGGAGCUGGAGUUUUGCUACCAUGGAGGGAUGGUGGUGCAGAAGUUAGAGGAAGGAGUCUCUCAUGUCAUUAUCGCAGAGGAAACAAGACUUCUGGUAUUAAGGACUCUGAGGCGCUGCUUUAGGAAGAAGUUUAAGAUUGUAAGAGAAUCAUGGGUAACUGAUUCUAUCAGAGCAGGGUAUCUGAUGAAUGACACUGACUACUUAGUUUGAAGAGUCUUCAGGUGAUAUACACAGGUUUUAAGUUGAAAACUGAAGGAAAAAAUCCUCUUAUAGCUACUAUUUUAAUUAAUUCCUAAUAACAUUAGUAAUAAAUUAUUUAAUGAAAGUUGAAAAAUAAAAAUUUCAAACUGUAAAAAUCACUGUUAAGGGUGAGAUAAGUGAUGUGAUUUAAAACUGGAUUGUACUAUACUGUUACUUCUCAGGGGUUUCAUGCAUCUAUGAGUUUUAUUUUUGUGUUCUUAAUGAGUGAUUAAGGCUGCUUGUAAUUAGUUUUAAAUGGAUAGGCCACUGUACAAGUCAGGAAGGCAAUGAUUGGUUUUUCAAUUUUAAAAGUCAGAAUUGCAUUAUGAAGUAUUCAAAUACGGAAGCUCAUUCAUCUUUUUUCAGACAACCCCUUUUAAACUUUUAGCCGAGCAGUUAUUAACACAUUUUAUGGAAAGAAAAAGAGGGUUUCAACCGAGGGGGUUUCAUUCUAAAAACUAUGUAUAAUUUCUGGCAAAGUACAGUUUCUCCAAAAUGAAGCUGUUUUAAUCCUCUUAACUGUUCUGUCUUUAGAUAUGAACUCAUCAAGUAAUCUACAGUGGACUGAUAUAUGUCAGUAAACAUUGAGGAAUCUGUGAUGAAUGCACAGCGACUAGGGAAUAUUCCACCAUAAUAAUCUAAAAUAGGCCCAUCCUUAUUUUUCAAUUUUAAAGGGGCACUCCAUCAAUUUAGUAUCGCACUUACAUAAAGUUGGGGGACUUGAUUGGUCAAAUCCAAAGCAGCAGAGGCCGAGAUAUCCUGACUUUUAGCUCCUAGCAUGAGUCAAGCUCCAAAAACACUGGAUCCCACAUUUCCCAUAAUGCAACUGGAUAGUGUCUUUCCAUUAGAUCUUCCUUGCCUCCUAAAUUACUUCAUCUUUCAAACCCCACACCUCUUGUUUGUAAUGGACGUCUUCUGUUAAAAUAUUAUUAACACUAUGACAUCAUCAGGGUUUCUUUUCUAACUUUGAAGCGUUUCCUCCAAAAGACAUUGUAUAAUUGUUUUCACAGGCUUAGUAAUAUUUUUUUGUGACGAAUGAACUGAACUUCAUGUGUAAAAUUGAGGUAGUCAUGUAAAAAAAGGGGGGGGGGUUAUUGUGCUGUCUUUUUGUGAUCUGUGCCUUUGUGCUUUUAUGUCUGUUUAAUUACAAGUUAAGUACAACUCUAAUAAAUAUCUUGAAUUGGUUUAAAAUA